AUGGCGUUCACUCCAAUCUUCAACAGCUUCCAGCAGAAGCCUCUUUCGCAGUACUUCCGUGGAGGCAGCCUUGUCUCCUUCCAAACAAUGCUUCGAGACCAACUCACGAUCCCCACCUGGCUCAUGGUCGGUGCCCUCCUUCAAGGCCUCUUCAGCUUCCUGCCAUACCGCAACAUUUCCCUCGUUGCUCCUGUGGCCCUUGUCAUCCUCUACAAGACCGUUGCAGCGAUGCUCCAAACCGUUGGUGUCCUCAAAAACCCCUACUUGGAAGGCACAAUGGGCCAGCGAACCGCGAUCAUGUACGCCAACGAACACGGCCACUACGAGAACCCCGGCGACCGCGAAGUCUGCGCCAUCAUGCUCGCAUCCCGCUCCAACCACCCCCUCGGCAUGUUCGCUCCCGGCGUCAAAGACGUCGGUGACCGCUUCAAGGCCAUGGUCAGCGAACUCGAAUCCGACCCAACCGCCCACGGCUUCCUUGGGGCCUCCACCUGGCUCAACUCAGGCGACCGCGGGUACACCUCCGAGACCAUGGUGUUUAUAUAUUUCGCCUCCAUGCACCAUCUUCACGAGUACUCCCAUGGGAAGAUGCACACGGAGACGAUGCAGUGGUGGCAGGCGAAUCUGCAUCGGCUGAGACAUUUGGGAAUUAUGCAUGAGGUAUUUGCUGCGCCGAAGCAUGCGUCCGAGGGGGUUUAUAUCAAUUAUCAUCCUACCGGGCUUGGGGCGACGUUUACUGAGGCAGAGGUGGACGGGGAGAAGGUUUGGGUCAGUCCGCUGGUGGAGGGGAAGGGGAAGAUGAGGUAUAGUAAGGGUAGGAUGGGGAGGCAAUUUUCCGAAGAGAAGGAGUGGGCUGCUUUUGAAGAGGCGUUCGUCGACGUUUGA